GUUGAGAUAUUGCAGCAGACAACUAAUUAGAUGUCAAAAAUCGAAGCCCUAGUCCCACAACAAAAUCAGUCUUUACAAUGGCAAUGGCGAACCGAAACACUGCAAAGAAAUUUAAAUGGUCUAUCGAUCUCUCCAAUCGGAAUAAAUCAACAUGUGACCUCGCAUCUCCUCCAGGAUAUCUUCCAUCGAUUGCAACUACAGUAGCCGAAUCAGCUAAGGAAAAUGAUUCUAGUUUGCUUAUUAAGAGAUCUUGGGAUGUUGCUUUACAACCACUAAAACAGGUACCUAUGAAUUUGUUCAUGAUGUACAUGGUGGGAAGUUCCAUUUCCAUAUUUCCAAUUAUGAUGGUUGGCAUGAUGUUUGUGAGGCCCAUUCGUGCGUUGUUCAGCAUGAACCAAACUUUCAAGAUGUUGGAGGGAACCCAGGCAAUUGGACAAAUCCUAGUCUACAUCUUGGGCCAGUUGGUUGCACUGGGGCUUGCUCUUUACAAGUGCCAAUCCAUGGGCCUCCUUCCUACUCAUUCAUCAGAUUGGUUGGCUUUUAUUGAUCCUCAACAGAGAAUUGAAUAUUCUGGAGGUGGACAAAUUCUGCUCUAAGAUUAAUUAUUUAAUUCAUUAAAAUAUUCACAUUUGUAAGUGAAAUGAAAAAUACAGUACACCAAAUCAUCUUUAAA